GCUGACCUUUUCUCGUCUCUCAAAAUGAGAUCAAGAUGAAUGAGAAUUUUCAACGAAGCAGGAAAUAAUGAACAUGGCUAGACCAUCACCGCUCGCCUGUACGGAGUGUCGGAAACAACAUCUCAAAUGCGAUGCGAAAACACCCUCCUGCUCUCGCUGUCUACAAAAUCGCCUGGAUUGCAAUUACCUCCCGUCUCGUCGGGGAGGGCGGCGGAAAACCCGAGAAGCCCUUCGACACCAACAUGCUGCAUCUGCCGACUAUCCUCGUCACCUUCAACAGUCGGUGGCUUCGGGACCAUCUUCCGCAGACCUGAUUCUGUCCCCCCGCACUACUAACCUGAACGGGCCUGAUGCGGCUUCGAUUGUUUCUGGACAACAGGCCCAGGGUAUUGUCCCGGCUGAGGAUAGCCAGGAGUCUUCGGACUCAGAUGCCCGGCUGGUACGCUUGUACUAUGACAAUUUCCACUCGGCGCAUCCCAUCCUGGUUCCGGCUGCUUUGUACGAAGAGCGCAAGUACCCAGCAUAUCUACAUGAAGUGGUCUUGUUCAUAGGCAGUCAUUUCCUGCAGCUAUCCAAUGGUUCCCUACCUGAUAUGGCUACCGUGCAGUUGAAUGCCAGUAGUGAGAGGACGCCGUGCAAGGUUCAAGCUCUUUUACUGUUCUCGAUAAUCUCGUGCGCCCGUGGUGAGUGCUCACAAGCCCACACCUCCUUCUCCCAGGCUGUCGACAUCGCGUUGGAGCUUGGAAUGUACCGACAGGACUUCACGACCACAUCUUCCAAUGGGCAAGCCGUGGAAGCUGAGAGUCUGCGGCGUACUUGGUGGGAGCUCUUCACCGUGGAUGUCUACAUGGCCGCUUUACAGAAGAGGGUUAUCUUGCGAUGCAGCGGUGUUCCUUAUGACGUGGCCUUGCCUUGUGAGGAGUCGGUAUAUGCCAACCACACUAAUAUACCCUCACCUCCAACACUUGCUGGAUUCAAUAAGCGCAUAUUUGCCGACGAUGACGGGGAAGCAUACCAAUCCCGAUAUUCGUCUUUCAGCUACCGUAUCGAGGCAGUGUGCAUCCUGGCACGGGUUCUAGUACUGAACAGCUUGCCUGAGACGCAUAAGGAUCAUCUGCAAGCCGUGGAAAAUGCGCUUGUCAGCUGGACAAACCAUCUUCCGCCGAACAAAGUUGACAUCGUGGAUACGUAUGGCAGUGUGGAUGAAAUACUAUUUCAGGCACACACUACAAUCUACUAUGCUGCGAUGCUUUUACAUCUCCCGAGGAGCAGCCUUCGACCUGUCUGUCCAGAUACAGGGUUCCCGAUUUGCCCAGUGAUUCCGUCUCGACUUUCCCCAUCCUUCACCCGACAUGUUCAUGACAUCAAGGCCACUGAAGCAUCCAAGCAACUAUCCAACCUUCUCUCCGUCCGUCCUAGUGUCCAAAGAUAUAGUCCAUUCGUUGUGUUCAGUCUAGUACUCUGUGGGAUGGUGCAGCUUGCCACAAGUCGAAUUCACUCAUCGGAGUGUUCCGACCACCACUGCAACCGCAUUAUCCUUGUUCUUGGGUGCCUUAAGACACUGAAGCAGAAGUGGCCCAUCGCAAACCGAGCCCAUCACUAUCUCAGAUGCGUGGCAGCAGAGACAUUCACGUCUUGGAUUGAAUCUCGAUAUCCGCAGACUAGUAGUGCUGUGCCUCCAGCAUCGAGAAAUGAGGUUCCCAGCAAUCCUUCGUCCGCCGAGAACAAUGCGUGGCUCUCGAUUGCCAGCAGCCAUGGCAUAGCCAGGUGUACAGAGGCGGAUGUACAAGGGCUAUUCUCACCUGGGCUGCUAUCAGCCUACAUCGACCCAACAUGUAGUGAGCCACUGCUUUUGGGUACGAUGCCCGAACUUGACUUCACGUGAUCUUAUCACCGUCGCCGUCGAAUAGUGGUCAUAUAUGUGACUUUACACUCUGGCAUACGGGUAACUGGGUGUCUUACUCUGAACUAUAUGGGAUCUUGCUGCCAAUAACUGGCUAUGUUAUUGUGGACUAUGUUAUCAGGGUGACCAUUCGACAAUCACCAAAACAUUGGAACAAGUUCCUUCAACACUGUUCGCGGUGACCCCACG